CUACUAUCAACUGUUGUUUUUGACUAGGAUACUGUCAGUACGUGAUAGUUGAUGUUGUGUUAACUAGCAGGUGUAGUUUAAUAGCUGUUCCUGGCUAGGGUUAGACACUUCUACGGAGCAAUGGCUUUUGGGUGUUGGGUGGGAGUAUUUGUACUCCUGUCUGUAUGGCCUAGUGUAAGCUGUUCUGACCUUCCAAGAGGGGCCAUUGAGACUGCAUGCCGGGAUCGAUACCUGUUGGUAACAACCCAACUCUCAUUUGCUGGGAACGAACCUCGCUUUGAAGCGGUUGAUGCUGUUGGCGUUCACCCCAUCACUAAGCAGUAUGGGUCAGAGUGUGGCUACAUGUUCAGUAUCCUCCCUCUGCCUGGCCAUGCUGAACUCAGAGCCUCCUACUUCUCCUGCCACACUGACAACCAGGACGAUGAGGUGUUCACCUUUAGCUUUAACUUGAUCACAAUUGAUGCGAAUGGAGUGGAAGCCACCUACUCUGUGAAUGCAACCUGCUCCCUCCCUCUACCCUGGUCCCCCAGAGAAGUCAGCUGUGAGGAGAACUAUAUGGAGGUGUCAAUGAGGAGUGACGUUUCUUGUCUGUCUGGUACAACGGAUGCCUGGACUGCUGCCCUUGCUAAAGCCCACAGCUCUGCCACGUCUACCUGGCAGGUGAUGUUCCAGCAGGAGGGGCAGCAGCUGAUUCCCAUGUCAUUCUCAGAGGCUCGGGAGCUGGGCUACGUGUUCCACCUCACGCAGGGAGACUGGUGUUCCGCUCACCCUACACACCACGGUCUGUCAUGGGGUCUGUCUCCAUGAUCAAUGGUUCAGUGGUGGAGGUGGUCCAUCCCAUACUGUUCUCCAGGCAGAGAUGGGUGGUUAUGAUGGUGGACUGGAUUGUUGCGUGC